CUUCAGAUGCUUCUGGGUCGCGGUGCGAAAGGUCUUCGCUCUGUGUGUGUGAGCUUCAGACCCAGCGGUAGAGCGACCCGGAGAGGGAUGGCGGCCACCGGGAACGCGGCCGCUGCAGCCACGGGCAGGUUCCUGGUCCUGCUGCUGCUCGGCCUCACGGCACCCGCCGCGGCACUGGCCGGCUACAUCGAGGCUCUCGCAGCCAAUGCUGGAACAGGAUUUGCUGUCGCCGAGCCUCAAAUUGCAAUGUCUUGUGGAGAGUUAAAUAUGCACGUGAACAUUCAGACUGGGGAAUGGGAACCUGACCCAACAGGCACCAAGAGCUGCUUUAGAACCAAAGAAGAAGUUCUUCAGUACUGUCAGGAGAUGUAUCCAGAGCUGCAGAUCACCAAUGUGAUGGAAGCCAACAAGCAAGCCCGAGUGGACAAUUGGUGCCAGAGGGACAAAAGGCAUUGCAAGAGCCACACGGUGACUCCUUUCAAGUGUCUCGUGGGUGAAUUUGUGAGUGACGUUCUGCUCGUCCCGGAGAAGUGCCAGUUCUUCCACAAAGAGCGGAUGGAUGUGUGCGAGAAUCACCAGCACUGGCACACUGUGGUCAAAGAGGCCUGCCUGACACAGGGACUGACUCUGUACAGCUACGGCAUGCUGCUGCCCUGUGGCGUGGAUCAGUUCCACGGCACCGAGUACGUGUGCUGCCCUCCGACCAAGGCUGUGGAGUCGGCUGUGUCAAAAGAAGACGACGACGAUGACGACGACGAGGAAGGAGAGGAGGAGGAGGAGGAGGACUAUGAUGUUUAUAAAAGCGAAUUUCCUACUGAAGCAGAUUUGGAAGACUUCACAGAAGCAGCUGUGGAUGAGGAUGGCGAGGACGAGGAAGAGGAGGAGGAAGUGGUGGAAGAUCGAGAUUACUACUACGAUACCUUUAAAGGAGAUGACUACAAUGACGAGAACCCAACAGAACCCAGCAACGAUGGAGCCAUUUCAGAAAAGGAAAUUACUCAUGAUGUUAAAGCUGUCUGCUCCCAGGAGGCCAUGACGGGGCCCUGCCGGGCCGUGAUGCCCCGUUGGUACUUCGACCUCUCCAAGGGAAAGUGCGUGCGCUUUAUAUAUGGCGGCUGCGGAGGCAACAGGAACAAUUUUGAGUCUGAGGAUUAUUGUAUGGCUGUGUGUAAAACGAUGAUUCCUCCAACUCCUCUGCCAACCAAUGAUGUUGAUGUGUAUUUCGAGACCUCUGCAGAUGACAACGAGCAUGCUCGCUUCCAGAAGGCUAAGGAGCAGCUAGAAAUUCGGCACCGCAACCGGAUGGACAGGGUAAAGAAGGAAUGGGAAGAAGCCGAGCUUCAAGCAAAGAACCUCCCUAAAGCAGAGAGGCAGACUCUGAUCCAGCACUUCCAAGCUAUGGUGAAAGCUUUAGAGAAAGAAGCAGCCAGCGAGAAGCAGCAGCUGGUGGAAACCCACCUGGCUCGAGUGGAAGCCAUGCUGAACGACCGCCGCCGAAUGGCCUUGGAGAACUACCUGGCUGCCUUGCAGUCCGACCCGCCACGGCCUCAUCGCAUUCUCCAGGCCUUGCGGCGGUAUGUCCGUGCCGAGAACAAAGAUCGCCUGCAUACCAUCCGUCAUUACCAGCAUGUGCUGGCUGUGGACCCAGAAAAGGCAGCCCAGAUGAAAUCCCAGGUGAUGACACAUCUCCACGUGAUCGAAGAAAGAAGGAACCAGAGCCUCUCUCUGCUCUACAAAGUACCUUAUGUCGCCCAGGAAAUCCAAGAGGAAAUCGAUGAGCUGCUUCAGGAACAGCGUGCAGACAUGGACCAGUUCACGUCCUCUAUCUCAGAGUCCCCUGUGGACGUCCGGGUGAGCUCUGAAGAAAGUGACGAGAUCCCGCCAUUCCACCCCUUCCACCCCUUCCCGUCCUUACCUGAGAACGAAGACACCCAGCCGGAGUUGUACCACCCAAUGAAAAAAGGCUCUGGAUUGGGAGAGCAGGACGGAAGAUUGAUAGGUGCCGAGGAGAAAGUGAUUAACAGUAAAAAUAAAGUGGAUGAAAAUAUGGUCAUUGACGAGACUCUGGAUGUUAAGGAAAUGAUUUUCAAUUCUGAGAGAGUUGGAGGCCUUGAGGAAGAGCCGGAAUCUGUGGGGCCACUGCGAGAGGACUUCAGUCUGAGCAGCAGUGCCCUCAUCGGCCUGUUGGUCAUUGCGGUGGCCAUUGCUACGGUCAUAGUCAUCAGCCUGGUGAUGCUGAGGAAGAGACAGUACGGCACCAUCAGCCAUGGCAUCGUGGAAGUCGACCCAAUGCUCACCCCUGAAGAGCGUCACCUGAACAAGAUGCAGAACCAUGGUUACGAAAACCCGACCUACAAGUAUCUGGAGCAGAUGCAGGUGUAAGUGGGAGAAGGCGCACAUCCCCCCAUUGGAGUUGGGGUGCAAGUGGGCCAGAAGGUCCAGUGUUUUGGAUCGACUGCUGACCAACAGUUACUUCCAGAGGAUUUCAUGUUACGUUCAGACCUCUUGGAUGAUUAAGACUAUAAAGUACUACUGUAGGAUCACAAUUUCCAUUCUUUUAAAUGGGUGAAAAAAUGUUAAUAUAACAAUAUAUGAUAUAUAAACCUUAAGUGAAAUGAGAAAAUGAUCUAUUGCAGAUAUUUGACUGAUGUAGUUUUCUUUUUUAAAUUAAUCAGGCAUCCCACUUCUCUCGUAUUGUCUCACACAUGCCCUGUAGACAUGGACAUCUGAUUUGCAGUGAUAAACUGUACAUGCAGGUCGUUUGUUCCAGUUGCAUUGUAUAAGUCCACUAAGGCUCAUUCCCUGUCCUGGUUUCUAUUUUUUUAAAAGGCAGUAUUUCCCUUUUAAAUGAGCUCUCAGAAAGUUGCUGAGAAACUAAGAAAAGUAGGGAACUGUAAGACCAUUGAGCACAUCUGAUGCCCUCCCAAAAUUUUUCUAAAGGACCAGUUUCUUGGGAGUCUGGUGUUCCCACUGCUGGGUACCUUGGUGUUUCCACAUAAGCCCUGUCACCAAGCAGGUUAAAAGCAUUUGCGUUUCCGCACCUUGUAGCAAGCCUCAUGUAUACAGAAUAGGGCGUCCACUACUGCUCUCCUUCAGAAUCCAGUUCUUCCACGGAUAUUAGCCUGUAGUUUGUAUAUGACCUUCUUCACUGUCCACUGUUGACUUCCCAUAGCUUUUUACAGCUCACUUCCCUCCCAAGUCAUGUCCGAAUGUGCUGUCUUUACCUCCUUGGACAUCUCCCUCUGAAGGCACUGAUCCCAUCCCUCCUGCCGUACCUGACUUCCCUGCCCUCCCCUCCCGUCACCAGCCUUGUUGGUGUUCACGCAGAAGACUACUGUCGCAGGUGCCAGUGGCCCAGGAGAGACCGUGGGAGGUUUGCUUUUGUGGUGGGAGGAUAUUGAGAUGGUCCGUAGACACCAUGCAAAGCGGUGAGAUUUUGUUUUCUUCCCACGAGUCUUUGUAAUGCUUGUAUAGUUGAUGUUGAUGCUCACAGCCUUUUCUUGUUUUUAUUCUGAAGGUUCUGGUAACCUGUGGUGUAUUUUUUUUCUAUUUCCCUGUGACUGUUUUUUUUUUCCUCCCUUCACCUUAUCCAUGUUUCUUCCCACUAUGCACAGAUAAACUUCACCUACAAACUCCUUAAUCUGAUCUGUGGAGAAUGUACAGAGUUUAAACACAUCAAUAAAUACUUUAACUUCCA